UACUGUUACCUAGGAAAUGUUAACGUAGCCGGGGAAAUUUAAAAACAAUCGUUCAAAAUACUAUUUCAUCAAAUGUCUAGAAUCACUCAUUUUUAUAGAAAUUGAAUAUUGUAACGAAAAUAUCUUUGAUAAUAUGGAAACGCCAGAUUCAAACGGAUAUGUUAAUAUCACUUGGCCAAGUAAAAAUAUUCCUCACGGUGGUAUCUUUCACACAAGAGUUCAGAACUUCUCCCCUGCUCAACAAUCUUUUCUAAAAGUGUUGUUAGAUGAAUCCAAGUUUACAAUCGCACAGCGUCGUAAAUCCGCAUUCACUUUACGUCAAGACGACGGCCGCAAAGAGAAACCAGCGCCACAAGUGAGAGAAAACGUAAGAAGUCUACGGCCCCGUACUUCAUGUCGACGCUCCCUUUCUGCUAUACGUGCUUCUGGAGUCCUCGAGCCCGAUGCAUAUAAGCCGUUGAAGCGCGGCGAAGACCGCGAGAAGCUGAAAGAACGACUCGCAGACUUCAUGACCUACGGGGACUUGGGUCAGCGACCGCCGAAACCAGCUCGUCCCAUCAAAUGCCCGCCAAAGUUACCAACAAACAAAGAGAAAUGGAAUGAUUUGGUAACACAAAUCCGCGAGCGGGCUGACUGGCUGGCAGAGAUGGAGAUGUUGGGUGAAGCAGACCCCCAUCGUGAGGUGAUACAGGACCAGAUAGCGGAUAGGAUCCGAGCACUGGACGCCCUGGGCAUAGACAGCGAGUGCUCGUCUGCGAGGUCGAGACGGUCAGGGUUCAGCGUGCUCGAUACUGGUAGACGAAGUGUUAGAAGCAAGGAUAGUGAUAAUACAGAACGAACAAUGUCAUCUAAAGAAAAAAAAAUCCUAAAGAAAGGACCGAUAAAAAAGAAUAAAGAGGUUGAAGAGAAUGUCGACGCUUACAGCCGAAUGUCGCCAUUGGAGUACACGCCACGACGAAGAGUUUGA